UCUUUCUCCACAUGUCAAGGGCUAGGGUUUCAGUUCCCAAAUGCUGUUGAACCUUGUCCUGCAACUGCUCUCGUCGUCUUCUUCUUCUUCUUUGGCCUGAGAAUUGUUCGUGAAAAGAUGAAAGAAAUGAAGGGAGCUGGCGACAGUAGUACUGAAGGCUCCAAGACCACAAGUUUUUCUAACCAGGAGGGAGAAGAGGGAGAGGAAGAGGAGGUGGACGAGUAUAAAAAGACGAAGAAUGGCGGGAGCUCGAGCAAUAGCACAGUCGAGGAGAGUGAACGGAAGGCGGGUUCUGGAUCUGUGAGGCGAUAUGUUCGGUCCAAGAUGCCUAGGCUGCGGUGGACGCCUGAUCUCCAUCUUUGCUUUCUCCAUGCUGUUGAAAGACUGGGAGGACAAGACAGAGCUACACCCAAGUUGGUUCUUCAAUUGAUGGACAUCAAAGGCCUUAGCAUAUCCCAUGUCAAGAGCCAUCUGCAGAUGUACAGGAGCAAAAAGAUUGACGACCCCAAUCAAGUUAUGAUGGAGCAAGGGCUUUUCAUUGAAGGUGGAGACCAUCAUAUUUACAAGCUUAGCCAUCUCCCCAUGCUCCAAAGCUUUAACCGAAGGCCUGAUACUUCCGGUUUUAGAUAUGACAGUGCUUCGGCUUCUUGGAGAGCUAGUAUGGCAAACCAGACUUAUAGCCCUUACAGGGGUGGAGAUGCAUCUGAUAGAUCCAAAAAUGGCGGCUACAGUUCGGUUUCUGAGAGGAUUUUCAGAAGCAACAAAGGCAGUUCAGUACUCAACUAUGAGUUCCAUGUGGGUAAUUCUUCAUUCAAUGGACAAGCUACUUGGAAUAAUGCCCAUCACACCAGAGAAGAAUUCCAAUUGUACUCUCAAAGUCAUGGAUCCUGGAGAAGCCAAAUCAGACCAAGCUCAAUCCAAUCCAAUUAUCUCCAACCCCAAGUGCUUGAAAGCAGAAAACAACAAGUGAAUCGUUUGAACAACCCUCCCCCACCUCAAGAAAAUCAAAAGACCAUGCUGAAAAGAAAAAGUUCAGACUCAAACUUCGACCUAGAUUUGAAUCUCUCUCUGAAACCAGCACCAAAAAGCCAUGACCAUCAUUUGGAGAAAAUGGACAGUACUGAAAUCGAUAGCAGUUUAUCUCUUUCUUUAUUUUCACCUCCACCCUCAAAGCUUAGCAGGGUGAAGGAAGGAGAUGGUAGUAGGAAGCAUGCAGAAGGGGCAAGUACUCUAGAUCUGACUCUAUGAAUAGAGACAAACGUAUUCUAAGUGAGAUCUUGAGGUACUUGUUCCCAAAAAAAGCUAUGCAAUAUUAGUUCAUUGUCAUGUCAUGUAGCAGCAGGGACAGAAGGUAAUAGCCACUGUGUUUCUUCUUCUUCUUCUUUUGUUGUUUCUCUAUGGAUAAUUUGUAUGGAAGAGAUAUAGAUAUAGUAAAGCUUCAAUUGGUGAA